ACAAGAUGGCUGUGCGUCGGGGAGCGGAGAGCUGAGGUUGAAAUAUAACCCCCUAAAUUGAUCCAUACAUGAAAGGGAAAGCGCACGACGAAAGACUCGAAAGAUCUGAUUUUUUUUUUACUGUCGCAAAACAGUGACGUAUAAUAGUUUCUAGUAGAAACGGAGCUGACUCCAUCCACCUAUUUAUACAGGCUAUAGAGACGGACAUUACUCCGAAUUGAAAUAUCGGUGCCGGUGGAAGACAUCUGGGAGCGAUCAUAGCCAGAGCUAAGAGAUGUCAUUGCUGUGCGUUGGCGUGAAGAAAGCCAAACUCGAUGGACCCCAAGAGAAAUUUAACACCUACGUAACGCUGAAGGUGCAGAAUGUCAAGAGCACCACCAUUGCUGUGCGGGGCGCCCAGCCAUGCUGGGAGCAGGACUUCAUGUUUGAGAUCAACAGGCUGGACCUGGGGCUGACGGUAGAGGUGUGGAACAAAGGGUUAAUCUGGGACACCAUGGUGGGGACCUUGUGGAUCCCCCUGCAAAACAUCCGCCAGUCUAAUGAGGAUGGGCCAGGGCAGUGGCUGACCCUGGACUCCCAGGUCAUCAUGGCUGAGAAUGAGAUCACCGGCACCAAAGACCCCACCUUCCACCGCGUGCUGCUGGACACCCGCUUUGAACUGCCAUUAGACAUUCCAGAGGAUGAGGCUCGAUACUGGGCCAAGAAACUGGAGCAACUCAAUGCCAUGAGGGACCAGGACUACACAUACCAGGAGGAGGAGGAGAGACCACUGCAAGCGCCAUCAACUCAGUGCUGUAACUGGAGUCUUUGGGGAGACCAGCAAAACGAAGACCCAGACAGUGCGGUGGACGACAGAGACAGCGACUACCGCAGUGAGACCAGUAACAGCAUCCCCCCUCCCUUCUACACCACGUCUCAGCCCAACGCCUCCAUGCACCAGUACCCCAUCCAGAGAGACCUGCGCUACUCCUCGCACACCUCCUACAACGGCUCCAUCCAAGAGCUGGACUACGACAACCAGAGACCCAUGAGUCCUACAGGCAGCAGUCGCUAUGCCUCCUCUGGGGAGCUGAGUCGAGGCAGCUCCCAGCUCAGUGAGGAGUUUGGCCCUGAGAACGAGGGGAGUCUGAGAGGCUCUGUGGAGCUCUACGAUGAGAACGACUCUUACCACUCCUGCCACUCCUCUGUCAGCUACGACAAGGAAUCAGCUGGCUGGGACCCCGAUGAGCCCGAGGUGGUUUACAGUGACGAAGGGGGCUAUGUCAAAGAUGGCGGAGAGGAGGGGGCUAUUUACGAUGAGGAGGGCGAGCUCUACCAGCCCGAGCAGGGAGAGGGAGAGUACAACUAUGAGGGAGAGGAGGAGAUAAUUUACGAAGAUGAAGAUCUCUACCCUCUGGACGGCACGCUCAGCGAGGACCAGGAGCCACCCUACACCCCCACCCCCACCAGCACAGCCCCCACGCUGGCCCCCGAGGCCUCCAUCACCAGGCCCCCUCUGGAGAAACAAGCCUCUCUGAGAGAGCAGCAGCCCGAGCCCCCCACCCUGGCCCCCACCACCCAAGCCCAGACCAUGCCCCCUGUCCAGCCCCCUGUCACCACAGCCUCCACCAAGCCUCCAUUUACCCCCAUGAUCCAUCCAUCCCUCACCCAGCCCCCGGUGCCCACCGCCCAGCCCCCGGUGCCCACCGCCCAGCCCCCGGUGCCCACCACCCAGCCCCCUGCUCCAGAGACCCAGCCUCCAGUGUCUGAUGCCCUGGAUGAUAUCCUCCUAGACCUUCAAGAGGAAGAGCCUCUGUCUUUAGAGCAGGAGGUCCUUGUGGUGGAGAGUCCCCCAGCAGAAGUCCCAGCAGAGAAGAGUGAGACUCCUCUUGUCAGUUAUCAAAGGCCCAUCAUGGAGCCUGGACCAGACAGGGCCAGGGCCAACUGGCAACGGCUCUGCAGCAAGGUCCGACUACAGCUGCAGCAGGCUCGAGGGGAGUCGGUUGGGAUUUGCUCCCUGUUGCUAUCAGCAGGGGUGGGUGGGGCGCUGUAUAGCAUUGACAGCAUGCCGGACCUCCGCAAGAGGAAAGCCAUGCCUCUGGUCAGGGACCUGUCCCUGGCUCAGAACUCCAGGAAGGCAGGGAUUACAUCAGCCAUGGCGUCCAGCACUCUCAAUAACGAGGAACUGAAGAGUCAUGUGUACAAGAAGACUCUACAGGCUCUGAUCUACCCCAUCUCCUGCACCACGCCCCAUAACUUUGAGGUGUGGACGGCCACCACGCCCACCUACUGCUAUGAGUGUGAGGGGCUGCUGUGGGGUAUCGCCCGCCAGGGCAUGAGGUGCACCGAGUGUGGGGUCAAAUGUCACGAUAAGUGCCAGGACCUGCUCAAUGCUGACUGCCUGCAAAGGGCAGCGGAGAAGAGUUCUAAGCAUGGGGCGGAGGACCGAACCCAGAACAUCAUCAUGGUUCUGAAGGACAGGAUGAAGAUCCGGGAGAGGAACAAGCCGGAGAUCUUUGAGCUGAUCCAGGAGGUGUUUGCCAUGGUCAAAGCCACUCACGUCACCUACAUGAAGCAGAUCAAACAGAGCGUACUGGACGGCACCUCCAAGUGGUCAGCCAAGAUCAGCAUCACAGUGCUGUGUGCCCAGGGCCUUCAGGCCAAGGAUAAAACUGGCACGAGUGACCCUUAUGUCACAGUCCAGGUGGGCAAGACCAAGAAGAGGACCAAGACCAUCUACGGCAACCUCAACCCUGUCUGGGAGGAGAACUUCCACUUUGAGUGCCACAACUCCUCGGACCGGAUCAAGGUGCGGGUGUGGGACGAGGAUGAUGACAUCAAGUCUCGGGUAAAACAGAAGUUCAAGAGGGAGUCUGAUGACUUCCUGGGUCAGACCAUCAUUGAAGUACGCACGCUGAGCGGAGAGAUGGACGUCUGGUACAACCUGGACAAGCGUACAGACAAGUCAGCUGUGUCUGGUGCCAUCAGGAUGCACAUCAAUGUAGAGAUCAAAGGAGAGGAAACAGUCGCUCCAUAUCAUGUCCAAUACACCUGUCUGCACGAGAACCUCUUCCACUUUGUCACAGAUGUGCAGAGCUCUGGCGUUGUGAAGAUUCCAGACGCUAAAGGGGAUGAUGCGUGGAAGGUGUACUUUGAUGAGACUCCUCAGGAGAUAGUGGAUGAGUUUGCCAUGCGCUACGGAGUGGAAUCCAUCUACCAGGCUAUGACUCACUUUGCCUGCCUGUCGUCUAAGUACAUGUGCCCGGGGGUUCCCGCGGUAAUGAGUACCCUGCUGGCCAACAUCAAUGCCUACUACGCCCACACCACCCAGGCCACCAACAACGUGUCGGCCUCCGACCGCUUCGCCGCAUCCAACUUCGGGAAAGAACGAUUUGUGAAGCUCCUGGACCAACUCCACAACUCUCUGAGGAUUGAUCUGUCCAUGUACCGGAAUAACUUCCCAGCCAGCAGUUCUGAGAGGCUGCAGGACCUCAAGUCUACUGUGGACCUGCUCACCAGCAUCACAUUCUUCAGGAUGAAGGUACAGGAGCUACAGAGUCCCCCCAGAGCCAGUCAGGUGGUGAAGGACUGUGUCAAAGCCUGUCUCAACUCCACCUAUGAAUACAUCUUCAACAACUGUCACGAGCUCUACAGCCGGGAGUACCAGACAGAUCCGGCCAAGCCAGGAGUGGAUCACCCAGAGGAGCAGGGUCCCAGCAUCAAGAACCUGGACUUCUGGUCCAAACUCAUCACCCUCAUCGUGUCCAUCAUAGAAGAGGACAAGAACUCCUACACACCCUGCCUCAACCAGUUUCCUCAGGAGCUCAACGUGGGUAAAAUCAGUGCCGAGGUGAUGUGGAACCUGUUUGCUCAGGAUAUGAAGUACGCCAUGGAGGAGCAUGAAAAGAACCGGCUGUGUAAGAGUGCGGAUUACAUGAACCUGCAUUUUAAAGUCAAGUGGCUUUACAACGAGUACUGCAAAGACCUGCCCUUCUUCAAGAGCCGUGUGCCCGAGUACCCGGCGUGGUUUGAGCCGUUUGUCAUCCAGUGGUUGGACGAGAAUGAGGAAGUGUCUCGAGACUUCCUGCACGGUGCGCUGGAGAGGGACAAAAAAGACGGGUUCCAGGUAACGUCGGAACAUGCUCUGUUCUCCUGCUCCGUGGUGGACGUCUUCUCUCAGCUCAACCAGAGCUUCGAGAUCAUCCGCAAGCUGGAGUGUCCCGACCCCCAGAUCGUAGGCAACUAUAUGAAACGAUUUGCCAAGACCAUCGGUAACGUUCUCCUGUCCUACGCUGACAUCAUCUCCAAGUGCUUUGCUAACUAUGUCAACAUGGAGAAAGUGCCAUGCAUCCUGAUCAACAACAUCCAGCAGCUCAGAGUUCAACUGGAGAGGAUGUUUGAGGCCAUGGGAGGAAAGGACCUGUGCAAAGAGGCCAGUGACUUCCUGAAAGACCUGCAGGUGAAGCUGAAUACUGUAAUGGAUGAUCUCAGCAGGAUCUUUUCUGUCAGUUUCCAGCCGCAGAUUGAGGACAACGUGAAACAGAUGGGAGACAUCCUUGGCCAGGUGAAGGGGACCAACGUGGGGGCUAACAACUGCAGUAGCGUGGCCCAGGACGCUGACAAUGUGCUGCAGCCCAUCAUGGACUUCCUGGACAGCAACCUGACGCUGUUUGCUAAGAUCUGUGAGAAGACGGUGCUGAAACGUGUUCUGAAGGAGCUGUGGAAACUGGUGAUGAACACCAUGGAGAAGACUAUCGUCCUACCCCCUCUCACCGACCAGACGGGGAGGGUGAAGCUUGCUUGUCACAGUGAUGGCACUCAGCUCAUCUCCAACGCUGCCAAACAGCUGGGACAGCUCUCCAAGAUAAAGGAGCACAUGGGUCGUGAGGAGGCCAAGGCACUGUCCCCUAAGCAGUGUGCUGUGAUAGAACUGGCUCUGGACACCAUCAAGCAAUACUUCCAUGCUGGAGGGGUGGGUCUGAAAAAGACCUUCCUGGAGAAGAGUCCUGACCUGUUGUCUCUACACUACGCCCUGUCCCUCUACACCCAGGCCACAGACAAACUCAUCAAGACCUUUGUUUCAUCUCAGAACGCACAAGGCUCUGGAGUGGACGACGCCGUGGGAGAGGUGUCUAUCCACGUGGAGAUCUUCACCCACCCCAACACUGGAGAGCACAAGGUCACCGUUAAAGUGGUGGCAGCCAAUGACCUGAGGUGGCAGACCACGGGGGUGUUCCGUCCCUUCGUGGAGAUCUACAUCAUCGGUCCUCACCUGGCUGACAAGAAGAGGAAGUACGCCACCAAGUCCAAGAACAACAGCUACGCCCCCAAAUACAACGAAACGUUUACAUACACCCUCAGUAACGAGGUGGGCACAGAGUGUUACGAGCUGCAGGUGUGUGUGAAGGACUACUGCUUCGCCCGGGAGGACCGUACGGUGGGCAUGGCCGUGAUGCAGUUGAAGGACAUGUCCUCUAGGGGCAGCGUGGCGUGCUGGCUCCCCCUGGGGAAACGUGUGCACAUGGACGAGACGGGCCUCACUGUCCUCCGAAUCCUGUCCCAGCGCAACAACGACGACGUGGCAAAGGAGUUCGUCAAGCUCAAGUCAGACCAGCGUUCUCCCGAGGAAGGCCGAGGCUGAGCGGGCAAAGUCUUUAUUCGAUCAGCACCACCUACAAGCUAGGAAGUCCUUCUGCAGACUGACUGCAAGCCAAACCACUGCCCUGAUGUUGUAGUGUUGGACAAGCACAGAGAAACAGUUCUUUACUACAGUACUGUACAUACAUCUCAUUGAAGAAGACGUAAUACCAUCUACAGGCAUUGCCCUGAUUGUCUUGAAAGCACCGAUGUCUUUAUUACGAAUAUGAUUAAUUAUCUUGUAAAAAUGCAUAGAUAUAAUCGUAAACACAGCAAACCCCACAACACUGACCACCAUUCUACAACACAUCCAUACACACACAGAGAGUUUAAGUCAUAGAGUAUAUAGAGUACCCUUGUUCUCUCCCUCUCUCUAUUUCCCAUAGCAUAGGCCAUGCCUAGGCUCUCCAAUCACACAUUUGAACUAGAAUCUGCCAAUCUCGACUAGUUUCAUGCAGCGGUAUCUAAAAGCUCCGGGAGAUGAAGUUCUUGUAGCCUUGAAAGUCUUGACGUAUCUUCUAUUACAUUAACUCCACGAUCCCUUCCUUUGUCUAGACUAAUGCCAAUGGAUCAAUCCAUGAUGUUAUGCCAAGUCAAGCCCCAAGCACAAGUCAACAGGACCAACUGUGAACAGCAGACCAUCAGGCUUUUAGGCCUCACACAUUCCAAAGAGUCAGGUUUACACACACUGGUUUAUGAUAAUAUUUCCAUGGGUUGUCCACCAUAGGCUGAAUUCUGGAUCUUCUCUCAUUCCGACAUGGAGUAUCUAUAGCAGAGCAGGCUGGACAAAUUAGAAAUGUAAAUGUUUCUACGUAUUCAUUUGAGAUAUUAUCAGUGAAUUUAUGGUAUAUUUAAAGACUAUAUGAAGACGUUGCACUUGGAAGAGAGUGUCCCUGUCUGUCUGUUUGUCUACCCUGUUACAGAGCCUGCUGCCUGAAACCCUCUAAUGCCUUGUCCUGUCAAACCUGUUGUCUGUCUUCAGUACAUAGUGAGAGCAACCUGAUGAAGACAAGCCUCGGAGCUCUGUGGUUCAUCAGCACGUGUAUGGGUGUAUGUUCAAGAGAAGGAGAUGAAUGUGUGUGUAUACAGGUGUGCUAUCUUAAUUUGAACCGUUUCUCAGGAAAUGUGAAUUACUAUGUGGAUUAUAAUUAAUGGACAUUUUUGUAGGGGUUUCUAAAUGUUUAGUUAGGAUAAUUCAAGUUUGACAUUUUAAAGUGGAAAUGACAAACAUUAGAAGCAUUUUUAAUCCUUGAAUAUAUUACAAUUUGCAUUUGCUGCAGCGCCGGAAAGAAAUUCUGCGACAACAGAGUGAUCAAAUUAAGAUAGUACGUCUGUAUACUGUUUGUGUUAUAUUGUUACAAUGUUGACCUUGUGUAGACACCGGUGUUGCCUGUUUGUGUAAAUGUGUAAAUCACAGAAAGCCAUCAAGAACAUAGAACACAUAGUGGAAGAACACAUAGUCUAUAGUAUAUUUAGAUUCUUUGAGAAUUUCCUAAGUGUCUUUUACUUGGGUGAAGGUUUAUUGCUUGUUUGAUCAGAAACAUUUAGUGGGCUGUACAGUACAGAGUAUAAACAGAGCUCCAUUAGUUUGCCUUGGAAAACAGCCACCUCCUCUCCUUUAACCUCUCUGAUCAACAUGUGUCAGCGUGGAAGAGAGCAGUUAGAGACAAAACACUGAGACAUUUCUUACCGCUUGUGUUGCCAUAGCAACCUCUUGUCAAAUGAAGAUGUCAGGCCACGGGUGACCCCCACGGUCUCUUUUUUUUGUCUUUCUUCCCCUCUGCUGGGGGAAGCACACAUGACCUAUAACCUUUUACCUGGCCAGGCUGUCUGGUCCUGGUUCUGAGCACACAGGGUCUGUCCACAAGGGCUGUAGUACGGAACUGCUCCUGCCUGCCCUCUUCAAUGGUGAAACUUGCCAUAGAUAUGUGACUGAGAUAGCUAUGUGGGGGGAAAUCUCAUAACAUCCAUGGCUCUCACAUUUAGAAGAAGCACAUAGAAAGCAUGCAAAGGGUAGUAAGCACAGGGAAGGGUAGUAAGCACAGGGAAGGGUAGUAAGCACAGGGAAGGGUAGUAAGCACAGGGAAGGGUAGUAUGCACAGGGAAGGGUAGUAAGCACAGGGAAGGGUAGUAAGCACAGGGAAAGGUAGUAAGCACAGGGAAGGGUAGUAAGCACAUGGAACUGUAGUAAGCACAGGGAAGGGUAGUAAGCACAGGGAAGGGUAGUAAGCACAGGGAAGGGUAGUAAGCACAGGGUAGUAAGCACAGGGAAGGGUAGUAAGCACAGGGAAGGGUAGUAAGCACAGGGAAGGGCAGUAAGCACAGGGAAGGGUCGUAAACACAGGUAAGGGUAGUAAGCACAGGGAAGGGUAGUAAGCACAGGGAAGGGUAGUAAGCACAGGGAAGGGUAGUAAGCACAGGGAAGGGUAGUAAGCACA